AGAAAUGUCAUUACUGUAUAGCUACGGAAAACUGUGGUUCGGUCUUAUGGUUUAUUUAGAUUUAGGAUAGCCUAUUUGAAUAGGCUAAAUUUUUUUUCACCAGCCGGCUCGGCUGUAGCAGUCUUUUUGCAUUUUUAAAUUACUUCGUGAAUGAGUAUUUUCAUUAAAAUUACCGCAUUGAUUAUUUGUAUUAUUUGUUGUGAACAAUUACAAGUUUUUCUAGUUAUUGAAAUGGACACGUAAUCAUAUUUUUUAUUUUAAUUAGUAAUGUUUUGAAAAAAUAUCAAUAUUUAUAAAUUGGAAAACACGUAUUGACAAUAUGUUGCCGUUGUCCCAUAAAGAUGCCUACCAAUCCUAUUCCAGAGGAAUUGGUUCAAGAAUGAAGGAAAAAGUUCAAGGAUGGAUAAGACUCAUAUUUUCAGACAGAAAUUCAAGAAAUUUAUUUUUAUUUCUACUUCUUAACCUCUCCUUUGCAUUUGUAGAAUUAGUUUAUGGAGUAUGGAGCAACAGUUUAGGUUUAAUAUCCGAUUCCUUCCAUAUGUUCUUCGAUUGUACUGGUCUCCUAGCAGGUCUGGUAGCUUCUGUGAUUACGAAGUGGAAAGCUAAUGAUAAAUAUUCAUAUGGCUAUGUUAGAGCUGAGAUAUUGGCAGGAUUUGUAAAUGGACUCUUUCUGCUCUUCAUAUCUUUCUUCUUGAUGUCCGAAGCGGUUGAAAGAGCAAUUGAACCACCUGAGGUAAAACAUGAAAGGCUUUUUAUUGUAUCAGUGUUGGGAUUGUUAGUAAAUUUAGUUGGAAUAUAUGCCUUCCAGCAUGGGCAUGGACACGGUGGAAGUUCUCAUGGGCACUCUCAUGGCGGUCCUUCCCAUGGCCAUUCUCAUACAUCAAAUAACCAUCAUCACUCUCAUGACAUAGAAUUGGACGCAGGAAAUUCGCAGAUCAUGAAAGGAGUAUUUUUACAUAUUCUGGCUGAUACUCUUGGAAGUGUCGGAGUUAUAAUUUCAGCUGUUCUUAUGCAGAUGUUUGGUUGGAUGAUUGCCGAUCCUAUUUGUUCUAUGUUCAUUUCUAUUCUUAUAGCUCUUAGCGUACUAGCCCUAAUAAAAGAUUCUAUUUUGAUCCUAAUGCAGAGACAGCCUACAGCCCUUGAUAAUGCUUUACCGCAGUGCUAUCAAAAAGUGGUUAGUUUAGCAGGAGUGUACUCUGUCCAAGAACCACAUUUCUGGACACUUUGUAGUGACUUUUAUGUAGGUGCUUUAAAAUUAGAAGUGUCCAAGACUGUUGAUCCUAAGUAUGUAGUGUCGCAUACCCAGAUGAUUUUUGCAUCAGUUGGUGUUAGACAACUUUACGUGCAAUUAGAUUAUACCCCAAUGUGAUAAAAAGGAUCGGUUUGAACAGUUUUUAAGAAAUGUCACCAAUCCACUAUGAUGUUCAUGAACUAAAACAAUUUCCAGUGAAUUAUCAGAACUGAAAUAUUAUUCGAUAAUAUUAUUUUAUGAAACCAAUUCGUCACACCCAAUCAAAAACUGUGUAAGGUAUAACAAAACAUUGUUUAGUUGAAGGGGACAUUUUUAUGAAUUUUCUUUUUUUAACUAAAAAAAAAUUUUUUUACUUGAACAAUUUUUGAUUUUUGAAUAGAGGAAUCUUUGCAGCAGCUAAGACAAGGUUUCAACACAAACUUCAGAUAGAGAAACAGACAACUGCUAUAAUUAAUUCAUCCUCAUCACAAUAAUGAUGAAAAUAAUAGCCAAUAAGUAACACACCUAAAAUAGUGUAAUACUCAGACAUUGACAAUUCAAUUCUAAACUUUUUUUCUACAUUAUAGUUAGUUUAGUAUUUCAAAUAUUUUAUCCUUUCAACAACUGGAGAACACCAAACAUUUAGGUGAAUCUAAACACAUCGACAGACUAAUACAUAAACCUUGAUCAAAUAAGUGCAAAAUAUUGAAAAAAGUAAAAAUUCAUGCUAAAAUUACCUUCAAGUUCAUUAUUAUAUUGACAAUUUCCUAAGUCGUGAUUGUGUUGAAUUUUUGUUUGAAUAUAUAUUUCAUAAUAAAUACUUUUGACUUAUGUUUUCUACUUGAUGUGGAAAUAACAGGUCAAGAUUCGAGGGAAUUUGUAUGUAAAUAUGUGAAAUGUAGAAUUUGAGUGUAUUUUUUAUUUUAAUCAUAUCUAGCUUUCAUCCAUUUGUUUUUUAUUUUGAAAUUGUAUUAUUUUUUAUAUGAACUAAGUUCGUUGUACAAUGUUAAAAAUGCAUUUCAAAUUGAUAAAAAAACAAUAUAUAUAUACUUACUUGUUUUAAGUAAUUGUGGUUUCUCAACUAGCUUUCAUCCAACUGUUUUUUAUUAUUUUGAAAUUGUAUUAUUUUUUAUAUGAAUCAAGUUCUUUAUACAAUGUUUAAAAAGCAUUUCAAAUCGAUAAAAAAACAAUAAAUAUAAAUGAAUGGA